AUGGAGCACUUGACAGUUGCAUCCAAGCCAUAUAUAUUUGACCGUGUAUUCCAGUCAAACACAUCACAAGAACAAGUAUACAAUGACUGUGCUAAAAAGAUUGUCAAAGAUGUACUUGAGGGAUACAAUGGUACAAUAUUUGCUUAUGGGCAAACAUCAUCUGGAAAGACACACACUAUGGAAGGGAAGCUUCAUGACCCGGAUGGAAUGGGUAUUAUUCCAAGAAUAGUGCAAGAUAUUUUUAAUUACAUUUACUCUAUGGAUGAGAAUCUUGAGUUUCAUAUUAAGGUGUCAUAUUUUGAAAUAUACUUGGAUAAAAUACGGGACCUUUUGGAUGUUUCAAAGACCAAUCUUUCUGUUCAUGAGGACAAAAAUAGAGUUCCCUAUGUAAAGGGUUGCACAGAGCGUUUUGUAUGUAGUCCAGAAGAAGUUAUGGAUACUAUAGAUGAAGGAAAAUCAAACCGACAUGUAGCAGUUACAAAUAUGAAUGAACACAGCUCCCGAAGUCAUAGUAUUUUUCUUAUUAAUGUAAAACAAGAGAACACUCAAACAGAACAGAAACUAAGUGGAAAACUUUACCUUGUGGACUUGGCGGGUAGUGAAAAGGUUAGUAAAACUGGAGCAGAAGGUGCUGUACUGGAUGAGGCAAAGAACAUCAACAAGUCUCUGUCUGCUCUUGGAAAUGUCAUCUCAGCUUUGGCUGAAAGCAGCACUUAUGUUCCAUAUCGUGAUAGCAAAAUGACCAGAAUCCUUCAAGAUUCACUAGGGGGUAAUUGCAGAACCACUAUUGUUAUUUGCUGUUCUCCAUCUUCAUACAAUGAAUCUGAAACAAAAUCUACUCUUCUGUUUGGCCAAAGAGCAAAGACCAUUAAGAACACAGUCUGUGUCAACGUGGAGCUUACUGCAGAACAAUGGAAGAAAAAGUAUGAGAAGGAAAAAGAGAAGAACAAGACUCUGCGUAACACCAUACAGUGGCUGGAAAAUGAACUCAACAGAUGGCGGAAUGGGGAGACUGUACCGGUUGAUGAACAGUUUGACAAGGAGAAGGCCAACUUAGAAGCUUUUGCAGUGGACAAGGAUAUUACUGUUAUUAAUGAUAAACCAGCUACCACAAUUGGAGUAACUGGCAACCUCACUGAUGCUGAGAGAAGAAAAUGUGAGGAAGAAAUUGCCAAACUAUACAAACAACUGGAUGACAAGGAUGAAGAAAUUAAUCAGCAGAGCCAAUUAGUAGAAAAACUGAAAACACAAAUGUUGGAUCAGGAAGAGCUUCUAGCAUCGACCAGACGGGACCAAGACAACCUGCAAGCAGAGUUGAAUCGCCUUCAGGCUGAAAAUGAUGCCUCCAAAGAGGAGGUGAAAGAGGUGUUACAAGCCCUUGAAGAAUUAGCUGUCAAUUAUGAUCAGAAGUCUCAGGAAGUAGAAGAUAAGGCAAAGGAGUAUGAACUGCUCAGUGAUGAACUCAAUCAAAAAUCGGUUACUCUAGCCAGUAUAGAUGCCGAGCUUCAGAAACUUAAAGAAAUGACCAACCAUCAGAAGAAACGAGCAACAGAAAUGAUGGCCUCCUUACUAAAAGAUCUUGCAGAGAUAGGAAUUGCAGUAGGAAAUAAUGAUGUUAAGCAGCCUGAGGGAACUGGCAUGAUAGAUGAAGAAUUCACAGUUGCAAGACUGUACAUUAGUAAAAUGAAGUCAGAAGUAAAAACAAUGGUAAAACGUUGCAAACAGUUAGAAGGCACACAAGCUGAAAGCAAUAAGAAAAUGGAAGAAAAUGAAAAGGAGCUGGCUGCCUGCCAGCUCCGUAUCUCACAGCAUGAAGCCAAGAUCAAGUCGUUGACUGAAUAUCUGCAGAAUGUGGAACAGAAAAAGAGACAACUGGAAGAGUCUGUGGAUUCCCUUAAUGAAGAAUUAGUUCAACUCCGAGCACAGGAAAAAGUCCAUGAGAUGGAGAAAGAACACUUAAAUAAGGUUCAAACUGCAAAUGAAGUCAAG